ACACAUUCAUCCAUUCAUUUGUCAUAAGUCAUUGCAACGGGACAGACAUCGUUGCUGGUCAGUUUAGUGGCUUAGUUUUCCUCGUUCCGUCUGAUUGUAUUUUGAUAUUAUUUUACUUCGUGGACAUUUUAGUUACUAAGUUACGAACCCUUUAAUUUUCCAAAGUGCCAAUUCUAGCUUGCAGCUAAAGCGACAAGAAAAUGGCCAGCUUAAGACUGAUUGGAACAUCUAUGCAGCGCAAUCUGACCUUUGCCCGGUCGAUCAAUUUCAGAGGCAAUGCCCCAUUGAUGCAAAGCCGUUUUCUGGCCAGUGCUCCGGUCGGUAAACACAUCAAAACGAAGGUCGUUGACAAUGUCCUCGUAGUGACACUGGACUCACCGAACGUGAAGGUAAACUCGCUGGGUGCAGAAGUCCAGGCCGAGUUCGAUGCAGUGUUUCGCGAUUUGGAAACCAACUCGGCAGUUAAUUCAGCUGUAGUGAUCUCCGCCAAGCCAGGAUGCUUCGUCGCGGGUGCCGAUAUCACUAUGCUGGAGAAGUGCAAGAGCGCUGAGGAGGCUACCAAAAUUUCACAUGAAGGUCAACUUAUGUUCAAUAAGUUGGAAAAGUCACGAAAACCUGUAGUAGCUGCUAUUAAUGGCGUUUGUCUGGGAGGUGGACUUGAGUUGGCAAUGGCUUGCCAUUAUCGUAUCGCCGUUAAAGACAAGAAAACAAAUCUUGGGCUUCCAGAAGUGAUGCUUGGAUUGCUGCCAGGCGCUGGAGGUACCCAAAGAUUACCUAAGUUGAGUUCAAUUCCUACAGCACUGGAUCUGGCUCUCACGGGGAAGAAUGUCAAGGCUGAUAAGGCUAAGAAACUGGGUAUUGUGGAUUUACUUGUGACUCCCUUGGGACCUGGUCUAAAGUCGGCCGAGCAGAACACAAUUGAAUACCUGGAGAAGGUUGCUAUCGAAACGGGAAAGGAGAUUGCCUCCGACAAGCUGAAAGUUAACAGAAAGAAAUCCGGAUUGGUAAACGCAAUCACGGAUUAUGCCUUCUCGAUCGAUUGGGUUAAGGAUAAGGUAUUCGGCAAGGCUCGUGAACAAGUUAUGAAGUUAUCUGGAGGGCUCUACCCUGCACCGCUCAAGAUUAUCGAUGUGAUUCGAGUUGGUGUCGACAAAGGUUUCGAGGCUGGAUCUGAAGCGGAGCGCAAGGGAUUCGGUGAGCUGUCACAAACACCACAAUCGAAAGGUCUCAUCGGAUUGUUCCGCGGACAAACCGAAUGCAAGAAGAACCGUUUCGGUAAGCCUGCCAAUCCACCCAAGAACAUUGGUGUGCUGGGAGCAGGAUUGAUGGGUGCUGGUAUCGUUCAGGUAAGCAUCGACAAAGGAUACCAGGUUGUGAUGAAGGAUACAACUGAGGCAGGUCUAGGUCGGGGUGUUGGUCAGGUUCAAAACGGUUUGCAGAAUGCCGUUAAACGCAAGAGAAUCAGUGGCAUCGAAAAGGAUCAAAUUCUAUCCAACCUGAAUGCCACACUCAGCUACGAUGCCUUCAAGAACACAGACAUCGUCAUUGAAGCAGUAUUCGAAAAUAUCGAUAUUAAGCAUAAAGUUAUCAAGGAGUUGGAACAAGUGGUACCAAAGCACUGCAUCAUUGCAACGAAUACAUCAGCUAUUCCCAUUACCAAAAUUGCUGCUGGCAGCUCGCGACCAGAAAAUGUGGUUGGAAUGCACUACUUCUCGCCGGUGGAUAAAAUGCAACUGCUCGAAAUCAUCACGCACCCAGGAACUUCCAAGGAAACCGCCGCAGCAGCCGUCGAAGUUGGUUUGAAGCAAGGCAAGGUUGUCAUCACAGUUGGGGAUGGUCCGGGAUUCUACACGACUCGUAUCCUUUCGACUAUGCUGUCUGAAGCGAUCAGACUGCUGCAAGAAGGUGUCGAUCCUAAAGACCUGGACAAGAUGACCAAAUCGUUCGGCUUCCCAGUGGGUGCCGCUACUCUGGCUGACGAAGUCGGUAUCGAUGUUGGUGCGCACAUUGCCGUUGACCUGUCUAAGGCCUUUGGCGACCGGUUCAGUGGUGGAAACCUUGGUGUAAUGGAGGACUUGGUCAAGGCCGGCUACAUGGGACGUAAAUCCGGAAAGGGUGUGUUCGUUUACGAGGGUGGUAGAAGCAAGAAUCGUGAAGUGAACCAAGGUGCUCUGGCUAUCUUGAAGCAGAAGUACGCACUCCAAUCGCGAGGUGCUAACAGUGUUGAAGAUAUGCAACUGCGAAUGGUUUCGCGUUUCGUGAAUGAGGCGGUAUUGUGUCUCGAAGAGAAGAUCUUGGACAGUCCACUGGAGGGUGAUGUUGGUGCGGUCUUCGGUCUUGGAUUCCCACCAUUCACCGGUGGUCCAUUCCGUUGGGUGGAUCAAUACGGAGCCGGCAAACUGGUUGACAAAAUGCGAUCGUAUGCUGAUCUAUAUGGCGCUCCAUUCCAGCCGGCCCAAAUUCUGGUUGACAUGGCAAAGGACCCAUCGAAAAAGUUUUACCCGAGCAAGUGAAGCGGCGAGUUGUUUGUAAAUUAAUUUAGGACUGUUUAAGUUGGGAAAUUUCAAGACGAAAGAUAGAUUCUUAGUUAUUUUCAAAAUCCCGUCGUUAUAUUUGAACGAAAUACCUGCCUAAGCAUACUGUAAGAUCCUAUUUUAGAGGAUAUUCUAUAUUUUUCGUUUUCUGUUGUUACUAUUGUAUGCAUUUUUUCGUGUAACUUAAAUAAAAUCGAAAGGUUUAAACAAUUA